AUGGCGAGGAUGUAUCAGAAGAUGGCUCUUUGCGGUGGUGAAGGUGGGCGUGAAUGGGACGACGGUGUACACGAGGGAGUAAAGAAAGUGUAUGUUGGGCAAGAUCUCUCACGUAUCACUUACAUCAAAUUCGAAUACGUGAAGGAAGACGGCGAAGUUAUAACACGUGAAUAUGGGACAAUAACUCAAGACCCUAGAGAGUUUAUAAUUGAAUAUCCGGAUGAACACAUCACAGCAGUGGAGGGAAGCUACAACAAAGUGGCUCUAAUAGCCACAGAGGUGAUCACGUCCCUUGUCUUCAAGACUUCAAAGGGUAGAACCUCUCCAACGUUUGGUCCAAACUUGUUCGGAGUUGUCAGUGGUACAAAGUUUAAGUUGGAGGAGGAAGGAAAGAAGAUCGUAGGUUUUCAUGGACGGUCGGAUAAUGCUAUCGACGCUCUUGGAGUUUACCUUGAACUAGACUCUCUGACCACUCCUUUCCCUAUUUACAAGCUGGAAGCCCAAGGUGGUAAAGAGGGGAGUGUAUGGGACGAUGGUUGUUUUGAUGGUGUUAGGACAGUGCGUGUUGGUCAAGAUGAUUGUCGUAUCACCUAUUUGGAGUUUGAGUACGUGAAAGCUAUGAGGUUAGAGACACGACACCAUGGGGUGAAAGGAGAAACACAUUCUGAGUUUGUGGUUAAUUUCCCGAAUGAAGACAUCAAAUUGGUGGAAGUAACCUAUGAUAACCCGAAGCUUUUCCGCAAUACCGUCAUUACCUCACUUAAGUUUGAAACAACAACGGGAAGAUCAGCAACUUUUGGGUAUGAAGCGGGUAAGAAGUUUGUGCUAGGUGGGCCUAGGCUUGUUGGAUUCCAUGGAAAGGAAGGUGAAGCUAUUGAUGCUCUUGGAGCUUACUUUGAACACAUUCCUAUCCCCAUUCCCCCUCCAGUGAUAGGAGAUUCAUGGGGUGAUUAUGGUAUCUACGAUGGUGUGAAGAAGAUAAAAAUAGGACUCUAUGAGGAAGGUAUAGCCUUUGUCAAGUUUGUGUACAUUAAAGGCAAUGGCCUUGUAACUGGUGAUGACCAUGGGAAGAUAACUUCACUUGGAGCUGAAGAGAUUGUGCUUGAGAAUGGUGAGUAUCUGACCGGCAUAGAAGGCUACUAUAGACCUAUAGCUGGUGCACUAUUUGGAAAGAUUGUGUCUAUUAAGUUCAAGACGAACAAAAGGGAGACACCUCUGUAUGGAUUGGAUUCAGGUGAGAAGUAUUCUAUUGAGGAGAAAGGCCACAAGAUCACAGGGUUUCAUGGACGAGCUACAGCCGAUGUUAUCUACAGUAUCGAACCCAUUUCCAGGCCAGUCUAG